AUGGACCCCCCGUCCCCUCCCCGGGACCUGGAGCUGUCGGCGCUGGAGGCCGAGAAGGAGCCGAUGGCGGCCCCGGCCGAGCCCGAGGAAGAUUCAGGGGGACCCCACCCCCAGCCCCACUGGGACCCGUGCCCACCCCAGCUCCGCGGGGGGGGCGAGAAGAACGGGCUGGUGGUGAAGAUCCCCCCCGAGGAGGAGGAGGAGGGCGAGGAGGAGGCGGCGGCGGCGCUCGGGGGGGGCGGCGCCGGCUCCGGGGGAGCUUCGGGGACCCCCAAAUUCACGGGGCUGGGCAAGGAGGAGCUGCUGAGGGAGGCGGGGACCCCGCCCUGGGCCCGGGCCCGCAGGGUGCUGCUCGUGCUGUUUUGGGGGGGCUGGCUGGGCAUGCUGGGGGCAGCGGCCGCCAUCGUGGCCCAGGCCCCCCGCUGCCAACCCCUGCCCCCCAAAACGUGGUGGGAGAUCGGGGCCCUCUACAGGGCACCCCCGAAAGCCUUCGGGGGAGACCUCAAAGGUGUGGUUGAACACCUGGAACACCUGGAGGAGCUGCAGGUGGGGGGGCUGGUGCUGGGCCCUGUGUACCCCCCCAAGCCGGAGGACCCCCAGAAUCCCGGGAAACCCCAAUUCCCAGAGCUGGGGGACCUGGACCCCGAGCUGGGCACCCUCGAGGACUUCGAGAGGCUUCUCAAAGCUGCCAAGAAAAAAGGAGUGCAGGUGAUCGUGGACCUGACCCCCAACCCCGGGGGGGAUCCCGUGUGGGGGGAUUGGGCCACGGACCCCGUGGUGCACCAGAGGGUCAAGGAUGCUCUGAGCCUGUGGCUGGAACGUGGAGCUUCUGGAAUCUUCCUGGAUGGCAUCGAUGAGCUGGAGCUGCCAGUGGUGACCAAGUGGAGGAACCUGACGGAGGAUUCAGGACCUGGGGGACCCUCCAGGGUGCUGGUGGGGGGCACCCGCCUGCGGGACCCUCAGGAGGUUCUGAACAGGACGGGGGGGCUGGGGCUGCUCGUGGGGCCCUUCCUGAAGGUGGUGGAGACCAACCUGCCUGGGGACAGCAUGGCCAGGGAGCUGAAGGAGCUGCUGAGCCCCAAAACCGGCCUGGGAUGGACUAUUGGGACCCCCUGGGAGGCCUGGGAGCCCGAGGACCCCCAACUGCUGCUGCUGGUCUGGGGGCUCCCCGGGACCCUGCUGAGCUACGGGGACGAGGUGGGGCUGCAGCGACCCCGGCAGCAAG